GUCAGUUUACUACACUCAGCAUUCACUCUGCUGGUUGAGGGGAACCGCAGCAACUCGUCUGAAUCUCCUCCCCCGCCCGGUCAGCCCUGGACGGACUAUACUAAGGAGCUUGGUUGGAGAAUGGGCAGUCGGGACCGCUCCCGGUCGCGCGAUAGACGGCGUUCCAGGUCAAGGGACCGGUCUAGACGCUGGGACCGCUCACGCUCGCGCGAUCGGGAUCGCGAUCGGGAACGGGACCGCCGUCGUAGCAGCAGGAGUCGGAGCAAGAGCCGCAGCCGGAGCCGGGAUCGCACCAAGUCGUCUGGUGCCUAUGACGCCAGCAUCAGCGCCGUGCAGGCUAUGGCGGCGCUGCAACAGCAGCAGCAGCUGCAGCGCCAACUCCUCGCGCAGCAGAUGCUGUUGCAACAACAAGCGGCGGCGGCGGCGGCUGCAGCGGCGCUAUCCAAGCCGGUCAUGGCGCAGCAGAGCACCACCGCCGCCACUGCCGACCGCAAGUCUCGAGAGAUUUACGUCGGCAACCUUGCGAUUGGCGUGGUGACGGCCGACAUGCUGAAGGAGCUGUUCAACACGAUUCUGGCCAACCAGGUGACGGACCCCGCCAACUCGCCGCCCGUGGUCAACGUCAACCUGGACCCCUCGGCUGGCCGCUUCGCGUUCAUCGAGUUCCGCACGCGCGAGCUGACGGACGCCGCCAUCCAGCUGGACAAGCUGGAGCUGUGCGGGCGCCAGAUGAACAUCGGCCGGCCCAAGGGAUACGUGGACCCCAACGCUCACCUGGUGAACGCCGCCAAGAUUGGCCAGGCGCAGGUGGCGCUGGCCACGCAGUUCACGCUGCCCGGCGCCGCCGCCGUGCCGGGCCUGGCGGGCGCGGCCGCCGGCGUCCCGGGCCUGGCGGGCGCGGCCGCCGGCGUCCCGGGCCUGGCGGGGCUGAUGGUGACGACGCCCACGGCCAUUGUGCUCCUGGAGAACAUGGUCACGUGCGGGACCAUCCGCGACGACACCGAGCGGAAAGAGGCAGCGGCUUUUGGGCGUUGUGGCCCCAGGCUCGCAAUGCGCAUGACCCAGAUCCUGGACGACGUGCGCGCCGAGGUGGUCAAGUGCGGCGCCGUGCUGGGGCUGGCGGCACCCAUGCCGCCGGCGCACGUGACCAACGCCGAGGCCAGCCGCGUGUACGUCAAGUUCGGCAGCGCGGAGGAGGCAGGCCGCUGCCGCAACAUGAUGGACGGCCGCAAGUUCGACGACAACAGCGUGCGCGCCAUCUUCGUCACCGAGGCCGAGUUCCUGCGGGCGCAGACGGGCGAGUGGGUGGGCAAGCCUGGACUGCUGCUGGACCCCUCGGCGGCGGCGGGGCCCGGGCUGGCGGGCCUGGCGGGCUUGGCAGGACUGGGCGCGGCUGCGGCGCCAGCUGCCGCGGCGGCGCCAGCUGCGGGCGGGCUGGUGCUGCCGCCCGGGUUCUCGCUGCCGCCUGGGUUCAGCAUUACGGGCGCGCUGCCGGGCCUGGGUCUGCCCAAGUAGCGGCGAGAGGGGAUUGGAUACCUGCCACUAGGGAGCUGUGGAGGGAGCGCUGCGCGGCGGGGCAGGGGGUUGCGACUGAACCUGCUGAGGACAGGGUGUUGUCCAGGUUGACGUCAUCGGGCGCCGUGUGCGGUGACCUGACAGAGGUGUUUGACUGAUUUCUGACGAACGGUCGCUGGUUGACAGGGUCGAGUCUGGCAGGAGGCGGUAACAAAAUGGCGACUGCGAGAGUGCGGGUCUCAAGCCGAGUUGAUGGGGUAACGCCUCGGCAAUCGUGUCGGCAAUGUUUGCGGCAAGUGGCCAAUGUAACGCACUCCGCGU